UGUCAGUCUGCCCCUGAUACUGAGCUUCACUAAGGAUAGAGUCUCCAGGUGUAUAUCUCUUUAACCACUUUAACCACCUGUACUAUGUCCACAGUCUCUGGUCAUCCCCUGUACUGUGUCCACAGUCUCUGGUCAUCUCCUGUACUGUGUCCGCAGUCUCUGGUCAUCUCCUGUACUGUGUCCGCAGUCUCUGGUCAUCUCCUGUACUGUGUCCGCAGUCCCCUCUGGUCCGCAUCUCUGGUCAUCCCCUGUACUGUGUCCGCAGUCUCUGGUCAUCUCCUGUACUGUGUCCGCAGUCUCUGGUCAUCUCCUGUACUGUGUCCGCAGUCUCUGGUCAUCUAAUGUACUAUGUCCGCAGUCUCUGGUCAUCUCCUGUACUGUGUCCACAGUCUCUGGUCAUCUCCUGUACUGUGUCCGCAGUCUAUGGUCAUCUAAUGUACUAUGUCCGCAGUCUCUGGUCAUCUCCUGUACUAUGUCCGCAGUCUCUGGUCAGAUUA